AUGCUUCUCUUGACCAAGAAUGCCUUUCUACUCACCACGCUGGACUCAGGAGGUCAUAGGAUUCCUAGAUUACUUUUCGAUUUAAACGAGUUCCCGCCGGAUGAGCCUCCUACCACGCCUCGAUUUUGUCCCUUACAACCGACUCCUCUCUCCGAUUCUUUGAAGGGAGAUUUUGUCGCACAAAGCGACCAAGUCGGACUGCACUGCUUGCCAAUGGCCUCUACGUCAGACACAUUUCGGGUGAAUCAUUAUCCGACCAGUCCCCGCAAGCGGAAGACUGUUGGUGCUAGUAUAGAACACGGACAAACAGAGGCGCCGAUUGACCUGAGGCUGGACCAAAGACAGAAGACUAGGUUAAAAUACCAAAAUAACUGGCCAGUCGAGAAUGCAAGUAAACCGGAAGGCAUCACAGCUACAACCGCGAAAUUGCAACAAAAAGAGAAGGAAACAAUUGAAAACUACAAAAUUACGCAGAAUGAUCCAAAUCAGGACAUCAGGCUCGGCCGGCUCGAAGAGGAUGAAAGAAAACAUGUACUGUUUGAUGUUCAAGACUGGAGUUUUGUCAGGAAAAAUUCAAACAUGCAAAGUGAUGACAGAUCUCAGAGCGCGUCCAAGGAAAACCACACUGAGAAUUUCUUCAAAGCCAUGAGAGAAAUAAAAAGGAAUACCGAGUUAGAACUCUUCAAAGAAGAGCUUGAUCAAACCAGUAAUGAAUACUUCUGGAUUCCCAAAGAGUAUGAACGAACCUUCAUUAGCCGGUUUAGAGCGGAGAGAUCAAAGGUUCCCUAUCCGGACGAGAAAAUCUUAACAACUUCACAAAGAAAAGUACGGACGUUCAACACCAUCUUAGAACUGUCAGACGAAAAACUUAAUCUUGAAGGACGUUUCCCACACCAACGCGAGACUAGAGAAUCCAAUUCCGCCAAGAAUUAA